GGCAUGAUUGAAUUGUAAGCACCUGUUAUUGUUAAUGCCAUCUGUUGAACUCUGUGCCAGAAGUCUGGCUGCCAGUAUUGUCAAAGGAACAUGAAAGGUAGUGCGUGCCCCAUCCUCCCUCUUGCAACGACCUUGACCACCAACCCAAGCUGAAGAAUUUGUGUGAGCAAGGAAACAGAAACAUAUUUGGUGUGAGCUCCAUAUAUGGGCAUUCUUUUCAUGAUACUAAAAAUGAAUUCAAUGUCAAUCACAGAGGAUUGGUGGCUGACUGAAUAUGAGGAAGAAAUCCAUGACCACCUUCGAGCUAAAGAACAGCAGCGAGCAGUCUUUCAUGCACAAUCUCCUCAGCUUCAUUUUCGUCAAUUUCUUGUUGAUUGGUUGGUUGACAUUUGUAAAAGACGAAAUCUAUCAACCCCAGUCCAACACCUUUCUAUAUACCUGUUAGAUUAUUUCAUGGAUAAUCACAGUAUUCAGCGUGAACAACUACAGCUAGUUACCUUAGGUUGUUUAUUGGUAGCAGCUAAAUUUGAAGAGAAGGACAGCUUGAUCCCCAAAACAAGUGAGCUAAAUCAGACUGUUGAUAACCUGUAUAAUCUUCAUGAAUUUGUACAAAUGGAACUUGCUCUAGUAGAAUUCUUCCACUGGGAUUUGAUGGUUCCCACAACUGCUCAUUUUGUUGAGUACUAUGAACACUAUUGUGUUUGCACAACAGACUUUCAUGCAGGUCAACCUCUGCCAGCAUUGCCAAAAGCACGUGUCUGUGCUCAGCAUUACAAUGAUUACUUUUUGGAUCUUUCCAUUCGAGUUGCUUGUAAAUUUUGCUUUGUAGAUCACACGUUCUUACAGUUUCCACCCUCCAUGGUUGCAGCAGCUAUUAUUGCAGCUACACGCAUGUGUCUGCUCAUCUCUCCAGCAUGGCCAAGAUUUCUUCAGAAGCUUACCUAUUACACCAGUGAAGAGUUGAGUCCAUGUAUUGAGAUUAUGUUGAGGCUUUUAGAAGCUGAAGAAAGGAAUUCAACAGAAAAAACCUCUGUGAUAAAAAAGGUAGCUCAACCAAGUGAAACUGAUUCUUCAGAUAGUUUAAAAAGUAGUCCUACCUCAGUAUCAUCAUUGUCAUUUGAAUUUGAUAGGUGAAAAACGCCUGCUCUAUCAUGUAGUUACUCCAUAUAGUACAAAAGCCUAGCGUCAUGAGAUGAAUGUCUUAUUUUGUGAUAGAAGUUGUGAUCAGAAAUUUAGUUAAUCAUUUUGUUGCAGUCUUUAGUCUUUCCUUAGAAGUAUUUUGGUUUACUGUUAUUUUUCUGAUGUAUGUAUAAGAAGACCAUUGAGACUUUUUUUUGUUACAAUUUUUGUGAUAUUGUUUUGUAAAAUACAAAUUCAGUAAAUGUAUCAUCUUAAACUUCAACUUUACAAAACCUUUUGAUUUGAAGGCAACAGUUUGCUCUCACACCUUCUUUCCUACUGAGAUUUUUUUUAUAUAGAUGUCUUUUUGUUUUGUUUAUCAUUUUUUUGAAUUCUGGUAUUCAGAGAAAAAUAAU